AGCAUGGCCAUGAGGGCAGAUGGGCAGUGCUGAAGACCCAGACUGGCUCCAGCUGCUUCAGAAGGACUCCAGCCCCCCAGGACCCCAGCCCACAGCCCUCUGCUGCCCACAGGAUGGGAGCCUGGGGGCUGGGGGCCCAGCCAUGAGGGACUGCUGCCCCUCCCAGCAAAAGGCCAGCCCUGCGCCUCCCAGGCACACCCCUGACCAAAGCCUAGGCAUGGACUCUAGACACAGCAGCCCCAGUAGGGCUGAGGAAGGGGCCUCCUGCUCUGAGGGCCCCAGCAGGAGGUUGACCUGCCCCUCCCUGACCUGCAUCUCUUCCCAAGAGGCAGCCACCAAGGAGGCAUUGGAGGCAGAUGGAGCCUCGAUCUCAGGGACACCAGAAACCACCUUGUCUGGGAAGCCAGAACCUGUGUCCUCAGUAAAAAUUGAUCAUACAUCCUCAGACAGCAGAAAUCCUAUGUUCUUGGAUAAGAUGGAUUCCAAGUCUCCAGAUCAGGCAGAUUCUACUUCCAUAGGAAAGGAAGAUACUGGGUCCUCAAGGAAGACAGAUCCCAUCUUUUCUGGAAAAACAGAACCUGCAAUCUUGGGAAAGGACAGUCCUGUGGCUCCUGGAGGGAAAGAUCCCACGACUCCAAGAAGGGAGGAUGACUUUGGAUCCUUGGGAAAAGCAGAUCCUAUAUGCUCCAGCAAGGUGGAUAUGAUGUCUCCAAAGAAGGAGGAUCCUGGUUCUUUAAGAAAGGUGGACCCUGUAUCAUCAGGCAAAGUGGAUCCUGUGUUCCCAAGAAAGGAGCCCAGCUUUUCUGGAAAAGAGCAUCCUGUGUCCUCAGAAAAGGUGAGUUCUGUAUCCACUGGAAAGGCAGAUAUUGUGUUCUUCAGAAAGAGAGAUCCUGAGCCCUCAGGAAAGGCGGAUCUUAUGUCCUUGGAAAGCACGGAUUCUGCAUCUGGAGGAAAGACAGAUCCAGGGCUCCUGGGAAAGCUGACUCUAGGGUCGUCAGGCAAGAUCGAGCCUGUAUCCCUUGGAAUAGUGGCUCCUGGGCCCUCAGGAAGAGUGGAUACUCCAGACUUGGAGAUAGCAGAUCCUGCUUCUAUGGUAAAUGCAGAAACUGUGUCCUCUGCAAAAGGGGACUCUCAGUUCCUGGGAAAGACGGACCCUGCCUUCUCAGGAGAGGGGGGUCCUGUGUCUGUGAGAAUGACAAAAAAUGUGUCUGCUAGCCAUGUGGAUCCCGUGUUUGCAGGAAAGGUGGAUCCCACAUCUUUGAAAAAUGCAGAUCUGACAUCUUUAGGCAAGAUGGAUCAGGUUUCCUUGGGACGGGUGGAUCCUGUGUCCACAGGAAAGCCAGAGCCCUUGUCUUCUGGGCAGGCAGAACAUGUGUCUGUGGGAAAGAAAGAAACUGUUUCUUCAGGAAAAGAGGACCCAGUGUCCUCCAGAAAGGUAGAUCCCAUAUCUGGAGGAAAUAUAAAAACAUCAUGCUCUGGAAAAGUGAAUACUGAAUCUUCAGAAAAGACAGACCCUGUGUCCUCAGGUCUAGAGAAUCCCAAGUCCUUGGGGACAGUAGAUCUCCCAUCCACAGUAAAAGCUGAGGCAGUGACUGUGGGGGAAAGAGACACACUAUCCUCAGAGAAGGCAGGUCCUAUGGCCUCUGGCAAGGUGGGUCCGACAGCCUCAGGGAAGGCUGUUCCUCUGGCCUUGGGCAAGCUGGACCCCGUGAGCAGGGGAAAGGCAGAAACUGUCCCCUCUGGAGAAGUGGACUCUGUGUCUUUAGGUAAGGUGGCCUCCACAGCUCCAGGAAAAACAGCCCUGGUGUCCUCUGGGAAGGUUGAUCUCGUGUCCUUUGGAAAAGCAGAAGCUCUCCCAGCGGGAAAGGUGAAUCCUCUGCCUCUAGAGAAGGGGAAUCCUGUGAACUCCACAAAGGUGGAUCUCAGGGCCUCAGGGAAAGCAGAGCUGAAGUCUGGGGACAAAGCAGAAACAAAGCUCUCUGGACAAGAGCGUGCUCCAUCAACAGGAAAAGGAGAGAUUGUGUCUUUGCAAAAGGAGAAGCCACAGGCCUCAGAGAAGGUUGAUCCUGGAUCCUCCAGAAAAGCAGACCCCAUUGCCUCUGGGAAGGGAGAACCUGUAUCCGUGGGGAAGGCUGACUCUACAUCUUCCAGAAAAGCAGAGCCCCCAUUAAUGGGGAAGGUGGACCCCCUUACUCUGGAGAAGACCAAGUCCUUGUCUUCCUCCACCUGGCAGUCAAAUGGCAAACCCUGCGGCUCAGCCCGGUCUCCCGAGGGUGCUGGGGGCGGCAAGGGCCCCGAGGCGCCAGAGUCCACGCCCAGCGCUGAGGCUUCCAUCCUCGGUCAGAAAGACCUGGCAGCCGCUGGGGCCGAGAGAAGCUCCAGCUCGGAGGCUGCCGCGCCCCCGCCGGGGCCGCGAACUCGCGACAACUUCACCAAAGCGCCGUCGUGGGAGGCGAGCGCCCCGCCACCGCCGCGCGAGGACGCGGGCACGCAGGCAGGUGCGCAGACCUGCGUCUCGGUGGCCGUGAGCCCCAUGUCUCCGCAGGACGGCGCGGGCGGCCCGGCCUUCAGCUUCCAGUUAGCGCCGCGCGCGCCCAGCCCAGCGCCCAGGCCGCCCUCGCGCCGGGACGCGGGCCUGCAGGUGUCGCUGGGCGCCGCCGAGACGCGCUCUGUGGCUACCGGGCCUAUGACGCCGCAGGCCGCCAAUGGCGCUGCCAAGCGCCCGCCCGGCCUCUUCCGCGCGCUGCUGCAGAGUGUGCGCCGUCCGCGGUGCUGCUCGCGGGCGGGACCCACGGCCGAGUGAUCUGCACCCCUUUUGUACGCCCGGGUUUCCAACCUUCUCAGGCUCCUUUCUUGACCCCAGGCCCCUAGAAAGGGACCCCUCUGCGUGCGACGGGCCUCGGAGAGGUGGGCAGCCUCUAGGGCCUUCUCAUCCCCUUCUUUCCAGACCCUCCCCUUCCAAACACCAAUGAACCCCCCCUACCAAGCUCCUUCGUGUCCAUGAGCCCACGAGCUCAGCCAGCCCUGACGCCCCACUGACUCCUCACAGCCCUCAGUUCUACUUCCUCCAGGUCACGCUGCAUGACCACGGGGACCGGCUCAGCACCCCUUUCACUCCCUGAGAGCUGAGGCAGGCUCCUGAGAUGUUCAUACUGGUGCGUUGAGGUCUCCAGCGGGGCCAGAUCCCCAGAACGGGGAGAGACUGCAUGCAAAUUUGAAUAGUAAAAGCUCCAAGUGGCAAGGAUUGGUGUGUGAGACCCUCGAGUGUGCAAGGCUCUGAAUGUGAGGUCCCUGGUGGCGUGUGAGGUACUGAACGAGUGUGUGAGUGUGUCUUCAUGCAGCAGCUGGAUCCCGCAGCCGGCUGGGGCAUCUCUUGCAUGCGGUUGGUGGUCCUUCCCUAACUCCUUUUUCCCACCCACCUGGUCCAAUCCCCCAGCCCUUAUCCCCUCUCCCACUGGGUAAAAAUUCCCAGAGAGGCCAAAGGCAGCUGCAGGAAGUGCCCUGGGGGCUUAGCUGAGAAGAACAGUCACAGAAAAGUCAGAGUCUCAGGCAGGACUGGAGGUCAUAGCCAGAGGCUCAUGGAAGGUCCUGGACCAACAGCAUGGGUAACAACUGGUCGUGGGUAUUGGGGACAGGAUAGAGAGCUCAUUCUACAACCACAGUUGUCCUUUAAAGGCCACCCUCUCCAGCCCCUUGUCCCCCCUGCUGUGAGCCCCCACAAGUCCCUUGUGACCACUCAGUGUCCCUGUCCCUGCCCCUCCAGCCACGGUUUUUGGCUACAAGCUGUCAUGGUAUACAUUGGUAAUAAAAUCUUUCCCCAAC